CCGCGGACGCUCGCAGGUUUAAUCUACACCGGUCGAGCGACUGCUACCCCGGGUUAGAUUAACCUUUUCUUGGUUUCUGCUCACGCUGAUCAGAUCGGUCUUCUUGCCAUGUUGUAUAGCACGGCGCUCACGGCUCUGCUGGCCUUGCCCGGCGCUUCGGCGCAGCUGAAUAAGCUGGCCAAGGCCGCGGGUCUGUUGUACUUCGGCUCCGCGACCGAUAACGGUGAGCUGUCGGACAGGAGCUACGUCAAUAUCUUGUCGAAUACGGAUGAGUUCGGUCAAUUGACGCCGGGAAAUGGCCAGAAAUGGCAGUACACCGAGCCCAGCCGGGGUAGCUUCUCCUAUAGUUCCGGUGACCAAAUCGCGAGCCUGGCAGCUAGCAAUGGCCAGCUUCUGAGGUGUCAUACACUUGUGUGGUACUCACAGCUACCAUCGUGGGUCAGCAGCGGAUCGUGGAAUUCUCAAACCCUGACAUCCGUGGUGAAUACACAUAUCUCUAACGUGGUCGGUCAUUACAAGGGGAAGUGCUAUGCUUGGGAUGUCGUCAACGAAGCACUGAACGAAGAUGGAACGUAUCGCACAAAUGUCUUCUACAACGUCCUCGGCGACUCCUACUUCGCGCUCGCCUUCAAAGCUGCCGCCGCGGCGGACCCGAACGCAAAGCUGUACUACAACGAUUACAACAUCGAGAACCCGGGCUCGAAACAGGCCGGUGUCGUGAAGAUUGUGAAGCUGGUGAAGGCCGCGGGCGCCAAGAUUGAUGGCGUCGGAAUGCAGGCGCACUUGAUCGUCGGCAGCACGCCGAGCCAGAGCGCCAUGCAGUCGUACGUCGGCGCGGGCGUGACCGAGGUGGCGUACACGGAGCUCGACAUCCGGUUGUCCUCGCUGCCGUCGAGCAGCUCGGGGCUCGCGCAACAGGCCAACGACUACGGCACCGUGACCAAGGCGUGUCUCGCCGAGAAGGCCUGCAUCGGCAUCACCAUCUGGGAUUACACCGACAAGUACUCCUGGAUUCCCGGCGUGUUCCCUGGCCAGGGCGACGCGCUGAUCUACGACUCCAACCUCAAUAAGAAGCCUGCCUGGACGACUGUCAGCAGCGUGCUUGCUGCCGCUGCGACUGGAGGUGGUGGCGGUACUACGACGACUCGCGCUACCACCACGACGAUGGUCACGAGCACUACUACCCAGGGGGGUUCGAAUCCGACGUCUUGCACGGUCGUCCAGUGGGGGCAGUGCGGUGGCCAAGGCUGGUCGGGUUGCACGGUUUGUGCUGCGGGUACGACUUGUCAAGUGGGCAACCCAUGGUACUCGCAGUGUUUGUGAUAGAUAACGGCAGAAAGUAUGAAUGUAAUACUUUACUAGGCUCUUGUUUAGUCCAUCUCUACGCGUUCCUGGGAAGAAAUAUAGGGUACAAAGUCUCUCGCCGUCCGAUAUCCCGUGAGCAAGUCCUUUUUGGGGGAACAUGAAGCGAAUUAGUUAUUCUAUCAAGAUCAGAUCUUCAUCUACUUGCGAGUAAGAACAAUGUCUUUCUCAAGCAAUAUGUAUUGUUUCUCACUUCUAAUGACGCUCACUUGUUGUCUAGAAACAAG